UUUGCAAUGCAAGUACCAAACAUACUGUUUAAAUGUUCAUAUGACGCAGAUAGUGCUUUUCACAUAGGAAGAAGCACAUAUAAACAGUUUUAAAACACAGACAAUGCUAAAUGUGUAUAAAUAAAAACAUUUGUUUUGUUGAUUUUUUAUAAACACUAAACAUGAUGUUAAGUUUUAAAACAGAAAUAGAUAUGCAGUGAUUGUGUCUAGCCUCCCAGUAUGCCAAGGAGGAGAAAGUCAUUACACAAUAACAAGGCUCCCCUGAUCUUCACAGAGAGUCCAGUAAACAUACAGAGUAAUGUCCCUUCACCAGUUUAUUGUUCUAGACAUCCACUCACAGCAAAAUCAGUCCCUGUAGGGGAUUUAUCAUGGGUAUCUCCACAAUUCAGUGGAAACCAAGCAUCAACCAGAAAGGUGAAGAAACAAAGGAAACGUAGGAGUACAUCAGGCUCAAAAUGUACAUGCCAUCAUGGUUCCCAUGGAAAUCCUGCUGGAGGUGUAAGCAAUAAAUAUGAACCAUUAAAAUUCUUUGGUGAGAAAACACCCCCAGUAACAAUUGUUGAAGAUCUCUCAUUUUCAGAAGAAGAGGAAAAUGUUAAUAUUUCUCAGGAAAAAAAAUCACCAUGUUUAAAUCGAGCUGAGACAGCUCUAAAGAGGAAAAGUAGAAGUAAAAGAAAGAGUUUGGUGUCAAAAAGAAAGCUUGCAAGUGAAAAUGAUCUUAUGGUUAAACAGACAGGGGAUCAGGAUAAUUCAGAUGACAAUUUUGACCUUGGUAACCAUAGAAACACUUCUUUUCAUACACCUGUGACAAAUAUCAUUCCAAGGGUCAAGGCUAUUAUUCGAAAUGACUUUACAGAGGUGGAUGACUCCAAUGGAACACCUGUCAACAAAAUCCCAUCACCUGUCAAAAGAUUGUUUACUUCUCUCCAAGAAUCACCAGAAACAAAUGUGUUCACUUUGAUAAAGAACAGAAAAUCUUCCAAAGCAAAUAAAGAUAUGAAAAAUAAACCUAACAGGCUUUUGAAAAAUUUAAACACUUCAGUCUAUUCUCCGUCUGGUCGAAACAACAAUGGACAUGUCUUAGUAGCAGACACACCUGAGGCAGAUUAUGGUAUUCCUUAUAGACUUAGAAGAUUGAGAAAAAUACGGACAAAAUGUAAUAUCUAGGUCAA